UGGAGCCCGGUGGGCGGCAGGCGGGCAGGGGACGCGCGCGGCCGGCGCAAGCUGGGCCCUGGGGCGGCGGGGGCGGUGGUGGCCCGAGCCUCGCGGAGCAGCCGAGCCGCGAUCUGUGCCUGGACCCCGCGCUCGGCCGGCUGCUCUCCCGGGACUAGCGCAGCCCGCGCUCGCCGGGGCUUUGUCACUCGCCUCCAGCUCCAUCCGCGGACUGUGGCUGCGCGAGCCUCGAGCCCUCCCCGCGGGAGGUCCUUCCUCCCGGCUCCGCUCAGCCCGGGCAGCGGGAGCGCGAGCGCAAGCGGACCGCCGCGGAGCAUCCUUCGCCCGGCCCGGCCGCGCCACCGCCCAUGCCGCAGCCACUCCGAGGCUGCGACCGCGCGGCCGGAGCCCGCCGCUCGGUGACCUCAGCCUGGCCCCUGCGCGCCGCCCGAGUCGGCCCCGCUGAGCCCCGGGCCUGGGAGCGGGACCCGCGUCCCACGAUGGCUCGGUCGGCGCUGCGCGGCGCCGGGUGCCCGCUGUCCGCCCGCUGAGACGCGCCGGGCUGGGGACCGGCGGGGCCUUGGCGCUCCCCACCGCGCCCUUCCCCCUUCUGAGAGCUUCGCUGCUGUUUCCCGGGGGCUAGGGGACGGGGGCCGAGACAAAGCCCACUUUGUGCGGGGAGUUGGCCGCUGGCGUGGAAUGAGCGUGUCGGCGCGCGCCCCCUCCCCGCGCCCCGCCAGCUGCGAGUCUUGACUCCCAGGCUCGUCGCGUGGAAGAAAUCGCGGCCCCUCGCCACCCUCCGGUCCGGGGGUCCCGGCUCCGACCUGAUGCGGCCGGGAGUCGCCUCGAUAUCCCCCGGAGCGCACGCUGCCUGAGCGUGCGAUAUUUUGGAGAGGAAUCUGUUCUCUCCAAAACUGGGACUUGGGGCGCCCGGUCGGCCUGGGCACCGGUGCCUUGACCCUCUGUGGCUGCAGGUCGGAGCUGUCUGGCCUCAGUUUCCCUCCGACUUUUCUCCUCUCUGCAAGCCCAGACUGCUGCCAUCAUUGUUCUCGCUGUCAAAUGGGGGAGCUUUGUGAAUGCUGCCAACUUGGGGUGUGUUCUCUUUAUCCCGCUUCACAAAAAGAACAAAGCCUCUAAGGCUGACCCCGGACAACCACCUCUCUACCCCCUACUUCACGUUGAGGCACUGAUUUUUUUUUUUUUCUUAUCGAGUAGUAUUUUACUGUACAGGAGCCACGCCCUGGUUUCUUAAAGGCGCCUUGCACUCUGUUUGGCCAUGUGUUAUCUCUGCAGCUGGUGUGUGGGAGGCCUCUUGUGAGCCACCUAUUUUUUUUUUUUUCUGCCUCCUGAUACAUUCUCCCACCCCCGUCAAAGAUUCGGGGAUGCCAGGGGGGAAGAAGGUGGCCGGGGGUGGCAGCGGUGGUGCUGCCCCCACUGUCGCUGCCGCCCCCUCUGGGGUCAGACGUCUGGAGACCAGCGAAGGGGCCUCAGCCCAGAGAGAUGAUGAGCCAGAAGAGGAAGGGGAAGAGGACCUGCGAGAUGGAGGCGUCCCCUUCUUUGUCAACCGGGGUGGGCUGCCUGUGGACGAGGCCACCUGGGAAAGGAUGUGGAAGCACGUGGCCAAGAUCCACCCCGAUGGAGAGAAGGUGGCCCAGCGGAUCCGUGGGGCCACAGACCUGCCCAAGAUUCCCAUACCGAGUGUGCCUACGUUCCAGUCCUCUACGCCUGUCCCUGAGCGCCUGGAAGCCGUGCAGCGCUACAUCAGGGAGCUGCAGUACAAUCACACAGGGACACAGUUCUUUGAAAUUAAGAAGAGCAGACCUCUGACAGGGCUGAUGGACCUGGCCAAGGAAAUGACCAAAGAGGCUCUGCCAAUCAAAUGCCUGGAAGCUGUGAUCCUGGGAAUUUACCUCACCAACAGCAUGCCCACCCUGGAGCGCUUCCCCAUCAGCUUCAAGACCUACUUCUCAGGGAACUACUUCCGCCACAUCGUGCUGGGGGUGAACUUCGGCGGCCGCUACGGGGCGCUGGGCAUGAGCCGGCGCGAGGACCUGAUGUACAAGCCGCCAGCCUUCCGCACGCUCAGCGAGCUUGUGCUGGACUAUGAGGCCGCCUACGGCCGCUGCUGGCACGUGCUGAAGAAGGUGAAGCUGGGCCAGUGCGUGUCCCACGACCCGCACAGCGUGGAGCAGAUCGAGUGGAAGCACUCCGUGCUGGACGUGGAGAGGCUGGGCCGCGAGGACUUUCGCAAGGAGCUGGAACGCCACGCCCGCGACAUGCGGCUCAAGAUUGGCAAAGGGACCGGCCCUCCCUCCCCCACCAAGGACCGGAAGAAGGACGUUUCCUCCCCGCAGCGGUGCCAGUCCAGCCCCCACCGCAGGAACAGCCGCAGCGAAAGGCGGCCAUCGGGUGAAAAGAAGCCUUCUGAGCCCAAAGCCAUGCCAGACCUCAAUGGGUACCAGAUCCGGGUGUGAGGCACGUGGCAGUACCCCAGCCUCGCCACUUCUGGGGGCCAGGAUCCAUCUGCCAGGACCAGCCUCGUUCGUGGGGAUGGAGGGGCUGGUGAUGGGGGGCAGGGCAAGAGGCAGCAGGAAGAGUCUGUCUCAGCUCAGCCACCCAAGCUGCUGCCCCUCCCACUGGGCCAAGACCCCUAACUUUGGGCCAAGAAGCAGUUAGUGUUUUAUUUGGAAUUUUUAACCUGAUAACUGAAGUUUAAAGUGUUUGGGGAAAACUUAAAAAACUAAUGGAUCUGCCCAUCGCCAGAAGGCCAGUGCUUAGGAGAUCUAAGUCCCACAAGGCUGGCCAGGAGGAGUGGCUGGCUCUGCUGGCAUCUCUCUGGAACUUGAAUCCAUCCUGUCUGUGGGAAAUCUCCCAGCCCCACUAAGCCUGUGGCAGGAUGGGGGUGGGGUCUGGGGAGGGCUGGAGGUGUUUCUCCGGUUCUGCCUGCCCUGGCAGAAUCUUGACCCAGGGAACGGGAAGCAGGGUAGAAAUCAUCCUGGGAAAGGUCUGUGUGGCCAGUAUCAGGAGCUUGGCACAAGGCCACAUCUGCCCCAAGAGCAGAGCCCAUGGCCCAGGAGAGCCCUCAUGCCCUUGUGGCCCACGGACAAUGCUAUGCGGGCUGUAGGAGAGCCCAGGAGAGACCACUGGGGGAAGAGAUCCCAGGCCCCUACCUGGUCUCCUUGCUUCGUCCAGCUCUGCCUGGUCCUGAAGCUGGGGGGCUCCCUGCAGAGGGGCUGGGCUUUGCCAAAGGCCCAGAGCUGCACUGGGUUCAGUGUGACUGUAGGGACUGAGCAGGCCUGGUGGGUCCAAGAACUGUGGCUGGGGAUAGAGUGGGACACUCAGGCCUGGGGCUAUCCCCUGGCAGUCCCCAAGGGUUGGGGGGAGGCACUGCUACUCCCCCUUUCUGUUACCUCGGUCCUUGCUGUGAAAAGGAUGCCUGUGCCUCAGGCCUGUCUCCCCUCAUUUAACAGCCCAUCUAGGUUUGGGGGUACCAGUGGCGAUCAGGCCUCUGGCGUGUGGCUUGUCAGGGAAGAAUCUGAACAGCCGGAGUCUGCACAGUCUGCCUGUCAAGUGUGAGAUACCUGGCAGGCGAGUGAGAAGUGGAAAGAAGUUGGCAGGGUUGGGGGAAGGUUCUAGAGGCUCAAGCAACAAGGAGGUGGUAGGGCAAGGGUGCACCUGGCCACCAUGGAGGAGCAGAGCCUGGGAACUGGGGAGUGUACGUGAGAAAAGGAUGUGGGGGAGAAUUUGGAAUCAGGCUGCUUGGGGAAUAGUGAGUUCUCUGCUGCUGGAAGGAUCCAAGCAAAGCCUGGAUGGCUACUUGUUGGGAAGCUGUAGAGAGGAAUCAGGUUAUGGGAGGGUAGCUAGAUAAGAUGACCGGUAAGGUUUCUUCUCACUGAGAGGCUAUGAUUCAGCCAGGGCCUGGGCCCUGCAAGAGGGAGGAUCACAACUAGAGGGGUAAGCUCGCACGCCCCCAGGGCCAGGCAGGGCAUUAACAGGAGGGCUGCGGGCUGGGUAGGCACUACUGCUGCUCAGCUCUUCUCAGAGAGGGGCCCUGCAUUGCCAGAUUGAUUUUUUUUUUCAGAAGCCAGAACUCUGGAUUUUUAUGUGAAAUAUCCUGACUUUUAAAUGUUGGCAAUCAGUUCAGAAAAUGUAAAAACCCAAAAUGAAAGAGAAUGCCAGUUUGUAAUCUCUGAAGUAGAGAGAGCUGGUGCUGGGUAGAAGUCCACUGAGACGCUUUGAGGUGGAAAUCGCAAAAGUUCUAGGCUUCCCAGGGUGGGCUGGGCCAGGGCAGGAUGCUCGCCACUGAAGCUGCUCCCAGAGAGGGCAGCGGGCCCAUGUUUGUCUUCCUCACUCUCCUUGCAGACCAGAGACCCACCAGGGUCACCAGCAGGGGUGGAGUGGAGAUUGAGCAACUCCCAGCCUGCUAGGGAGAUGGAUGGGGAGAUGGAUGGGGCGAAAGAGGGAGGGAGGGAGACAGGAUGCCUUUGCAAAUGUGAGUGCCCAUCAGGGAAGCACCAGAGGCUGGCAGCUCUUCACACCAGCAGCUUCUGGCCCAGAGCCAGGCCCAGCAGGAAGUCAGAUGGGCAGUCCCUUGGGUUCCUCAGGGGUCACCAGGCCCUGGGGAGGCACCUAAACUGCGCCUGGACUGUACCCCGGCCAGGUCAAUUCAAGGGCCAUUGUGACCCCUGACUCACCAUCCCAUCCCAUCCCAGUUCUCAGGGAGUGGAGUGGUGGUCCCCACGUUCCCCACAUUGGCCUGAGGCAGAGAUGGCUCCCUUUGGGGGGUGUGCAGCUGAAAAGGAAUGAGGCCUUUUCCAGGUCUACCUGUGGUUGCCUCGCGCAAGCCACUCAUCACCAGGGGAGGGGACUCAGACCCCCUGUAGAGCCCAGGGUUUGAGGGAAGGCGUGUGAGAGGGGAUUGGGGUCAGGGAGACGGGAGGAAACUGCUCAACCCACAGACUCCUUUGCCAAAGCCGUCUGGGGAGAAGGAAGUGGAAUGAGGCCCACCCCUGUUGCUGCCUCCAAGAGGGAGCUGAUCACCCUGAGCUGAUAGCCCCCCGCACUCCCUUUCCUCGCUGAGCCCUCGGGCCGGUGGAGGCCACCACAGGAUACAGCGGUGCUUUGUAAUUUGUGUUUAACAUUUUCUCAUAUGUAGCAACCCCUCCUCCCCUCCCGAGCGUGUUUACACGGGCUCUGCUCCCUGGGGCUGGCCUGACUGCAGAGUUUCUGGGGAGGCAGAGGAAAGGACUUUGGGGCCUUAGUCACCAUCUUUGGUUUCACCUCAUCUCACUUCCUGUGAGGAACAGGGGCCUGGCUCCUGACUCAGGACUGCCUUCCAGCACUCAGUGGGGGCUCCUCUGCCCCCAGCAGUUGGGGGUGGGGGUGCUGCUGGCCGAGGAGUCCCCAAGGUGAGGUCAGAAAAAGCUGCUUAAUGAAGGUGGGUCAGGGUGGCAGUGACUGUUCCCCAAAGCCCAGCUCCCUGUGCUCAGUGCUAGAUCAGAACACUGGGAAACUGGGUUCAGAGAGCCUUCCUGCCCACCUGCCAGUCCUCUCCCUCGCAUGGCCUCAACACAUGACUGUGUUGUCAUGUUCCCUCACCCAUCGCACCAGGCCCCCAUCCUUCCUGGCCAUGGCCGCAUGGGGAGAGUAGCAGCCCCCUGGCCUGGGUGCCAUGAAGCUAGGGCCAGGGUUCCAAGGAGCAGAAAGGGCCAUAGGUCAGCUGGGUCUGGUUUCGGGCCCUGUCAGCACACAGCCCAUUCCUUCCAUCUCGAAUUUGACCUUCUGGCUCUGAGACGGGGUCCAGUUCUGGUCAGCAGCGUGCCCAGAGGCCCAUGUGUCUGUGUCCACCUGGGUCUCCUGCCUGGGUGGCUUUCUGGCUUCGAUGCACCAACAUCCCCAGGCCCACCCUCUGGCCUCGAAGUACAGGAAGUGCAAGCUGGGCCGGCAUACUGUGUUCUUCAUGCCAGAGCACCCCUGUGCUGCAAUCUCCAUUCGUUCCCGCUGAGAAGCCAGCUGAAGGGUGGGAGGGGGCCCACCCCAGGCCGGGCAGGGCUGCUGCGGUGCUGGCUGCAAGCCCCAGUGUUGACCCCCUUGCCACAUCCUGGUGCUCCUGAGUCCCAAGUUCCCCUUUCUCUCGGGUGUGCUUGGCCCAGGGGCCUGGUGAUGGGGGCCGCCCCUCCCUUAAGCUUUGUGUUGGGCUGCCUGUGGGACCAGACUUAGUCCUUCCUGCUCUUCCUGUGUCAGUAUUGCCCCCUCCUCUCUCACUUUUACACCCCUCUCAUUGCUGUGCUCACUUUUUUCCUGAAAUGAAUAAAGGCUCCCUGGCUCCGGUUGCACGGGCUGGGCAGAAA